AAUGAUCGCACGAGCGGCAAGUGGUCAGAUUAAUAGGAUUCCUCUCUGUAGUGCGCGUUAGUGUGACACCAGAGCUAGACUACUUCGGACGUUGUUUGACGGGGAUUCUGCGAGUUGUUUGUUCUUCAGCAAUUGUGAUAAGUUGUGUGGUGUAAGGUACAGAACCGGCUUAUAAGUGGAGCACGUUGUCGCUCAUCUCUCUAGAAAACAAAAUUCUGUGUAUAACUAGAUUCAAUUGACUGUAAUCAGUGUGGAUUUUAAGAUGGCUGCGGUCACGGAAGUCGGUGGAAUCAAGCUGGGCAAGCUGUUGAUCGAGGGCAAGACCAAGCAGGUGUACGACGUCCCGUCGAUGCCCGGUCACUCGAUAUUGCUGAACAAGGACCGUAUUACGGCGCACAAUGGCGUUCGGGCGCAUGACCUCGAAGGAAAGGCCCAGAUUUCCAACCAGACCAAUGCCAAGGUAUUUGGUCUGUUGAAUCAGGUUGGGCUGAAGACCGCCUUUGUCCGGAUGGUGUCGGACAAUGCGUUCUUGGCGCGUAAGUGCGAUAUGGUUCCGAUUGAGUGGGUCACCAGAAGGUUGGCCACCGGAUCGUACCUGAAGAGGAACCCCGGCGUCAAGGAGGGUUACCGAUUCUCGCCACCGAAGCAGGAGACCUUCUACAAGGACGAUGCCAACGAUGAUCCCCAGUGGAGCGAGGAGCAGAUUGUGUCCGCCGGGUUCAAGGUCAAUGGAGUGUUGAUCGGUCAAGACGAGGUGGACAUCAUGCGCCAGACGACCAUCCUGGUGUUCGAGGUGCUGGAGCGUGCCUGGGCCACCCGGAACUGCGCCCUCAUCGACAUGAAGAUCGAGUUCGGCGUGGACGCCGACGGUCAGCUGCUCGUGGCGGACGUCAUCGAUUCCGACUCGUGGCGCUUGUGGCCAUCGGGCGACAAACGCCUCAUGGUGGACAAACAGGUGUACCGUAACCUGGCCUCGGUUACCGCUUCGGACCUGGACACCGUCAAGCGCAACUUCCUGUGGGUCAGCGAACAGUUGGACAACCUGCAGCCGAAGAACGAUCACCUGGUGGUGGUGCUGAUGGGAAGCCCCUCGGACAAGGACCACUGCGAAAAGAUUGCCAAGAACUGCCGCGAGCUGGGACUGAACGUGGAGCUGCGAGUGACCUCGGCCCACAAGGGAACCAAGACGACGCUGCACAUCGUCAACGAGUACGAAAGUGUCCUGAGCAACCUGGUGUUCAUUACGGUGGCCGGUCGCUCCAACGGCCUGGGACCGGUCCUGUCCGGUAACACCAACUACCCGGUUAUCAACUGCCCGCCGGUGAAGCCCGAGAACGUCAACUUGGACGUGUGGUCCAGCUUGAACCUGCCUUCGGGACUGGGAUGUGCCACGGUGCUGUACCCAGAAGCCGCGGCCUUGAAUGCGGCGCAGAUCUUGGGGUUGAACAACUUUUUAAUCUGGUCCAAGUUACGCGUCAAACAGCUGGCCAACUUUACCAGCUUGAUCUACGCCGACAAGGACUUCCGUGGCGUUAGGAAGGAGUAGACGUGUACGUUACAUGACAGUUAUAAGGCUUUUAGAUUGUAAGGAUUGUUUUUGAAUAAGGUAUACAUUUGUAGACAGAUGAAGAGUACAAUAAAGUCUAUUUUAUAAUAAAA